UGGUGUUGUGGUGCGUGUGUGCUCCAUCCCUACUACUCCACCAUCGUUUCCACUCCACUGCGCUUUGUGUGAUGGCAGCGUGAGCAGAUACAAAGGGCAACAAGGCGAGGGGAACAAAAGAGAGGAACCAAGGGGGUUGCUGCGAGGAAAACGUUCAGAAACACCAAAUCGUGCAAAACUGCUAAGCACGGGUUGGCUUCGCAGUUAUCCGUAGGCUGGAGCUCGUGUCUGUCUUUUGGGGAGCAGCGAAUCAAAGCUUCCCAGACGCCAGCGAGAGGCAGCAGACUGUGAGUCCUCCUCCGCCGCCGCGCACGGUCCUGUUGAUGAAUAGGGGAGCAGUAGUGGCACACCACUUCCAACAUCUCCGAGUCUGACGGGAAUGACAAAUAAAGAAUAAAGGAGCCCUUUCAGAAGACACACAAGAGCAGAGGAAUGUGCAGAGGUCCGUGUGGCUCGUUUCAAGCUCCCCCAAAACGGCAUUUUUGGAUCCUAUGGUGCUAACUGAUUGCUUGUAAACACAGUACACACUGCACACCAGUAUUUACUGCGAGUUGGGUUUUUUGGGGGUCUUCUUUUGUCAGAGAGGGGGGGGGGGGGGGGGGGGAAACUUCUGCAAUGGCACUGGUCAUGGAACCUGUAAGCAAGUGGAGCUCGAGUCAAGUGGUGGACUGGAUGAAAGGCCUGGACGACUGCUUGCAGCAGUACACCCAGACCUUUGAGCGGGAGAAGGUGGGGGGCGACCAGCUCCUCCGCAUCACCCACCAGGAGCUGGAGGACCUGGGUGUGUCCCGGAUCGGCCACCAGGAGCUCAUACUAGAGGCUGUGGACCUGCUCUGUGCCCUGAACUACGGGCUGGAGACGGAGAACCUGAAGACCCUGUCCCACAAGCUGCACGCCUCGGCCAAGAACCUGCAGAACUUCAUCACCAGCCGGCGCCGCAGCGGCCACUACGACGGCCACGCCACCCACAAGCUGCCCAACGACUUCCUCACCUCCGUGGUGGACCUCAUCGCCGCCGCCAAGAGCCUGCUGGCGUGGCUCGACAGGUGCUACUUCUUUUUCAGGUCACCGUUUGCGGCGGUGGCCGACUACUCCUUGACGAGGAAUAAUGUCAUCCAGCUGUGUCUGGAGCUCACUACGAUUGUGCAACAGGACUGCUCCGUGUACGAGACAGAAAACAAAAUCCUCCAUGUGUGCAAGACCCUUUCGGGAGUGUGUGACAACAUCAUCUCCCUGUCGUCGGACCCCAUGGUGUCGCAGGCGGCCCACCUGGAGGUGGUGAAGCUGGCCAACAUCAAGUCCACGGAGGGAUUGGGAAUGUACAUCAAAUCCACAUACGACGGGCUUCACGUCAUCACGGGGACCACAGAAGGAUCGCUGGCAGACCGCUGUAAGAAGAUCCAUGCUGGGGAUGAGGUCAUCCAGGUUAAUCACCAGACAGUGGUGGGCUGGCAGCUGAAGAACCUGGUGAACUCGCUGCGUGGAGACCCCUCUGGUGUGAAGCUGACGCUGAAGAAACGGCCACAGAGCACGCUCACAUCUACCCCCGCGCUGCUCAAGAACAUGAGAUGGAAGCCCCUAGCGCUGCAGCCCAUCUUCCCUCAGAGUCCCAGCAGUAGCGUUGCCACGCCAACAAGCACCCUCACCACCCCGUCCAGGAGAGACAGCUGUGCUCUGCAGGAACUCUACAUCCCCCCUCCCCCUGCUGAGCCCUACACACCCAGGGAUGAGAAGGGCGAGCUGCCCGUGGACGAGCUCCAGCAGGACGUCCCGCUGGCCAAGGGCUCCGAGUCGCCCAACUCCUGCCUGGACCUGGAGUCCCGCGGCCGGCGCUUCCCCCCGCUGGAGGAGGACGCCGUGCUGUACUGCUACGAGUACGACCACAACCAGCGGCUUUCCCCGGGGCCCCGGGGCAGCACGCCCACCUACGGCAGACUCAGGCCCAUCUCAAUGCCCCUGGAAUACAACUGGGUGGGAGACUGUGACGAGCCAAUGAAGCUCAACAGAGAGAGCAGGAGAGAUAACUCUCUGCUGCGCUAUGCCAGUGAGGACCGCAGCACAGGCCAGGAGGACUACAUGUCGGCACGCAGCCUGGGCCACGGCCGACGCAAGAGUGACAAGGCAGCAAGCCCCGCCCACUACACGCUGGUCCCCGCCCUCCAGAUGGACGUCUCCAUGUCCACGUCCAGCUCUGACUCCGCCUCUCUUUACAAGGUGUUCGAGCGCUCCUCAAUCCGCUCCAGGUCCAAGAAGAAGAGCACAGUCCUCUCCGUGCCCGAGAACCCCAUGUCCCUGGUCAGUAAGAGACGCAUCUCCUGCAAGGACCUGGGCCAGGGCGAGUGCGAGGGCUGGCUGUGGAAAAAGAAGGACGCCAAGACCUACUUCUCCCAGAGGUGGAAGAAGUACUGGUUCAUUCUGAAGGGCAGCUGCCUGUACUGGUACCGGAACGAGGAGGACGAGAAGGCGGAAGGCUUCGUGAGUCUCCCCGAGUUUAAGAUCGACCGUGCCACCGAAUGCAGAAAGAAGUUUGCCUUCAAGGCCUGCCAUCCCCGAAUCAAGAGCUUCUACUUUGCUGCAGAAAACGUUGAUGACAUGGUCCGGUGGCUGAGCCGUCUGUCGAUGGCCGCCGCUGGCUUUGCCCCGCAACAGGAGAGGGUCCCCCAGGACCAAGACUACUGGAGUGAGAGUGACCAUGAAGACACAGAGCUGAACGCAGUGCCUAAACAGGACAGCCCACCUCCACCCUACGACACCUACCCCAGACCCUCCUCGGCGAGUCCUUACAUGGAGGCCAAACACAGCCACCGCUCCUCCUCCGACACCUUCCACUCCCGCUCCUCCCACGAGGACUACCGCCCCUCCUCCUCCCAGGACUACCUCCCCUCCUCCGCCCACGAGGACUACCACCCCUCCUCCGCCCAGGACUACCUCCCCCCCUCCGCCCAUGAGGACUACCACCCCUCCUCCCAGGACUACCUCCCCUCCUCCCAGGACUACCUCCCCUCCUCCCAGGACUACCUCUCCUCCUCCGCCCAGGACUACCAGGAAGGCAGCGUCAGCAACAACAACGGCAGCGUUUCCCCGGGCGACCUCCGCCACCCCCGGCCGGACCGGCAGUCCACGCUGCCGUCCCACCGCACCGCCCUGAUGCUGGAGAGCUACGUCCCCGCCCGGCUCCCCCCGAGACCCUCCCUGGACGGGGAGGGGGGCGGCGGCGGCGGCGGCGGCGGCGGCGGCGGGAAGCACCGCAGCUUCACCCUGCCCCGGGACAGCGGGCUGCACGCCAUCCUGGCGGCGGCGGGCAACAUGGCGGAGCGGGGCGAGCCGGGGGGCUACAGGAUGGAGCGCCCCGCCCACGGAGACGGGGAGCGGGAGCGCAGGCUGCAGGCCGACUCUCUGGGGGACCUCUACCGGGCUCUGGAGCGGGCCAGUGUGUCCCCCGGCGCCGACCCCAGGCCUGGCGCGCGCCUGGAGUACAAGCGCUCCUUCGUCCGGCGCACCAACGACCCCCUGCUGAGCGAGAAGCUCCACCGGCUCCGCGUGCUGCACAGCUCGCUGAAGAGUCCUCAGCCCAGAGAUCCAUCGUUGGGAUUCUUUGGAUAGAGCGGAUGAAUCCUUCCCACACCACUGACUGACCUGUGCCUCAGUCCAUCAGCUGCCCUGCAAACCAGUCAGCCACCCUGCCUACCUGCAAAGCAGUCAGUCAGCUUGACCUUGCCUACCUGCAAACCAGUCAGUCAGCUUUACCUUGCCUACCUGCAAACAAGUCAGCCACCCUGACCACCUGCAAACCAGUCAGUCAGCCACCCUGUCUACCUGCAAACCAGUCAGUCAGCUUUACCCUGCCUACCUGAAAACCAGUCAGUCAGUUUGUCGCCUUGCCUAGCUACCAGUCCCCCUGCCUACCUGCAAACCAGUCAGUCAGUUAUCCACCCUGCCUAGCUACCAGUCACCCUGCCUACCUGCAAACCAGUCUGUCAGCUUUACCCUGCCUACCUGCAAACCAGUCUAUCAGUCAGCCAGCCACUCUGCAAACCAAUCAGUAUGCUUUAUUCUGCCUACCUGCAAAUCAGUCAGUCAGCCGCCCUGCAAACCAGUCACUCAGCCACCCUGCCACCCUGCAAACCAGCCAGCCAGUGUGCCGCCCUGCCUAGCUACCAGUCACCCUGCCUACCUGCAAACCAGCCAGUCAGCCACCCUGCCUACCUGCAAACCAGUAAGUCAGCUUUACCCUGCCUACCUGCAAACCAGCCAGCCAGUGUGCCGCCCUGCAAAGCUACCAGUCACCCUGCCUACCUGCAAACUAGUCCAUCGCUAAGCCAACCUGCCUAGCUACAAGUCACCAUGCCUAACUGUAAAUCAGUCAGUAUGCCAGUGAGCCAGUCAGUCAGUGAGCCAGCUGCCCCAUCCUCCCCCAGAGACCAGAGGUUUCUUCCAGCCUUCCUCUGCAUCUCUGCUCCAGCAGUGUCCCUCAGUACAGGCCUUGAGGGCAAUGGACAGGCUCCCCCGCUCGUGCAAGAGACUCUUCCAUCCCGCUCACCCUCUCCCCCCCCCCCCCCC